AGAGUCACGUAGCUGUUUACGGAAACCGUUCUUACGUCAACACGUGUGCAGGCUUGUAGCUUUCAGUCCACUACGUGAAUAUUUGCAUGCUCGUCGGGACAAAAACACGGCUGAGUGUUCCUCCUCGCGCUUCUGACCCCACGGAUGCACACAUGUUUCCAGAACUAGAAUCCAUCCAGCGAUGAGGACGACUCUCACAUCCACUCAACAUGGAGAAGUAGGAAGGCUGGGCUUCAUUUUGACGCUCUGCGCUUCGAGGAAUGCGCCAAAGUUAAUGUAAAUAGAAGGGAAAAGCUGCUUUUUGUGUUUCAAAUGCACAGCAGAGUGGAUUUGUGAGUAAAGGGAAAAUGAUUCUGAAGAAAUUUCACGCAGGAUCGUGCAGAGCGUGGCUCUCUCGGGUGAGUACUUUGGUGUUGUCAAAGUAAACUGUCAAACUUGAGUCUUAAGUCUGUCCGUAAUCUUGCUCUCAGUGGAAUUGUUAUAAAAAUAUCUCUGUAAAACGAGUAAAAGGCAGCAGAUCCCGUUUCGACUAUCAUGUUUUCCACACUUCCUAUUUUGAUACGCCCAAGUCGAGCCCUGCUUUUUUUGGCAUUUGUUCAAACCUUCUUGGGAGUCAUUGCACUGUACUGACACGCUGAGUUCCUACCAGCAUUUAAUCAAACUUAAAAGCUUUUAAGGUGAAUUCAUUAUACAUUUAAAACUAUCUGUAGUGAUAUAAAGAAGUUGUUUAUUUCUUAUCCUUAAAAUCCUAAAACUUCUCUGCCUCGCUUCAAGGUUUCCAUGAGGCAGGAGCUGCGUUGUUUCUCCUCCUCUGUGCCCCCCCAGCCGGUGCCCCCUCUGGCCCAGACCCUGCAGGGCUACCUGAAGGCUUUAGAGCCCCUGCUGCCCCCUGAAGAGAUCAGCCACAGCCGGAGGAUGGUGCAGGAAUUCGGCAGACCGGGGGGCCUUGGUGCAAAGCUGCAGGAUGGGCUUGAGAAGAGAGCCAGACACACCAAGAACUGGGUUUGUGUGUUUUGUAUGAGUGUAGGGAAUUGUGACAGAUGCUGCUGAUGGAUGUGGGUGUGUUUCUGAAGGGAAGAUAAAGCUGCUGGGGUGUGUUUGAGGCAUGCCUGGGUGGGUAGAGCAGUACUAUAUCAGGCUUAAGCAGCGCUGUGAGAAACCCUUUAAAGGGAUAGAUCAGUGUUUUUGAAGAGGGGGUUGUGUGAGGCCUCUGUUUAUAGUGAAUGUAUUGCCCACAGGGGGUGCUAGUUAGCUCAGCACCUUUAUUGAUAAACUAGGAGGAGAACCGGAACAGUACAAAGUCUAAUCCAAGUGUGAAAAGUAUAAAAUAUUUGUUUUUUUUCAGUGCUACAACACUGCUAACAAAUUUAGUGGAGGAUAGUUUAGCUUGUUUCUCACCAGAGGGUGCUGUUCUCAGGGUGGCUUCACCCAGCGAGGAGGCAGACGCCGUCCGUUCUAUAUACAGUCUAUGAAUGUGACAUGUCAGCCUUAGCUUGUAUAAUAUAAUCAGACAUCAAACAAUCAUGAUAUUCCUUUCAGAUUAAACUAAAUUUAAACAUAUAUUCAAUUUCUAUGGGAAAAUACAGAAUUUUCCUGUUACAUUCUGCAUAAAGUAAAAAAAUCAUAAUUGGGAGAAAACUUUGCCAAAAGAUGUUGAAAAUACAUUCCAAAGCUUUCUAUGUUUUUAAGUGUGCACUAACUCUUACAAAGAUCUAAUAUCAUUAAAGUGGUUUAGUCUUAUUCACAAAGUUUCUUCCGUUGUUAAUGUGUGGUUUGUGGUCUCCCGCUGCAGAUCGCUCCUUGGUGGGUGCAGUGGGCGUACCUGGAGAGCAGACAGCCGCUGCCUGUGCACUCGAACCCGGCCAUCUCUCUGCCCAGGAGAGACUAUAAUGGCUGGAGGAGCCAGCUAGUGUGAGUCAACACUUAAACAAAACACACCUGAGCACAUAAACCGUGAUAGCCACGUUUUUGCCUGUGUAAACUCUGAUAAACUGUUUAAAUAGACAUUUGAGUACCUUUAAAUGUUUAGUAGCUAGCUAGUCGAAAGUAUGAUGGAUGUUUUAAAUAUACUUGUGUUUUGUUUGUCUGUAUCGAAUUUAUUUAACAGUUAUCAAUAAUCAUUAGGUAAAAGUCUGCUAUUGUAACAGCCCUGACUUAUACAAAAGCAGACGUUUCUGUCACUGAGUAGAAGGUGAAAUAAUUUCUGUAUUAUUCAGGUAGUAAAAACAAUUGUUGUCUUCUAUGCAGUAAUAUUCAGUACCCUGUGAAGACGCUUGGUUAGGAUGUGUCCUCUAAACAUGAUCUGGAUAGUCAUGCCGAUUUAAUUCACAGUUGAUAUUAACAACUUGCAACUUGAUUCCUGCUGUGAGCCAAAGAAUCUCACUAACCUUUAAAGCCGGGGUCAGCAGUUUUCUGCAAAGGGAAAAAGCUCAGAGAAUUGAAAGUUGGCCUGCGUCUCACCUCAUCUCUGACCCCGAACCACCAGAUGAACCCGAGUUAUUAGUUUUGAACUUGCAUAACACAUAAAAACAAACCUGCUUUCAUGGUAAACCUUACCAGCCAUUAUAACACACUAAGAUAAGACCAGAAAAUGAAGUAUCACAACCUGCAGGAACUAAAAGGUUAAACUUAGAAUCUCUAAAACCCUGUGUUGACAUUGACGGUAUUUGUUCUAAAUCUUUUUAGCUGGACAUGCAUUUUCAUUGAAAGAGUGCCCUUUCUUGUGAGGGGAAAGCUCAGGGUGUGGGCAUUCUUAUAACCACAAUGCAAAAGUUUAAAUCUAUCUCUAUGCCUCCUCACUAAGCAACAUACCUGUUAGAUGGUGGUUUGGUUAUAAUGAUUGCUGCAGUUAGGUGAAGCUCAAACCAGCUAUCAGUCGCCCUUGAGAUGAAUGAGUGCCAUUUUAGAAAUGAAAAACAAUGCUUUUUGGAUUAAUUAUGGAAAAGACAUGCUGCUGUGUAAAUGUAAAAGACUGGUAAACAGAAACUGUGAUUUAAAGCUAAAGUGAGAAACUUUUGGUCAAUGUUGGUUUUGGAACCCCCCUGUUGACAAAGCGAUGUCUCUUAUCUUUUGUUUUCGAACUUGUGAACCUCACAGAUUUUUCUCCUAUUUUGCAGGUUGAGUCCAUAUUUGAUUGUUAGUGUUAAAUUCAGACUUUUGCAUCAAAACAACUCAAAUUUUCAUUUUGUCUUCAUGCAGGUUUGCAUCCAAACUGAUCGCAGCAGUUCUGGACUUCAAGGCAAAAAUCAACACGUAAGUACAACAGAGGUGGUGAUGAAUAGACUCAACAAGCUUUUAUUUUUUUCUACACCUACGGUUUCAGAUCUUCUUUGUAUUAUCAUAAAAAUGCAAUAAUAUGAAUUCUAGUCUAUUUCAUGAGUGUCACAAACUCUUCACUGGAGCUUUAAAGCAACAUUUCUGUCUAUGAUUGAGCUAUAAGCACUUAAUUUACCACCUGAAAAGUUGAUUUGACUGAAAAAUACAGUAAAGUUUUAAAACUUUUUUUCAACUCUUAAACUAAAACCUUCUUGGUAAUCAAUGCAUCACGUUUUAGAGGACUGCAUGUGAUGUGUACGACACUUAAAGUUGACUACCAAUAUUUCAAUAAUGAUGAUUUUUGAGAAAAGAGAGAGAAUGCAGGAGUUAAAAUAACUGAAGUCAUAUAUAUUAUAUAUUAAAUAUUAUUAUCUAACUUCUUUUAUUCUAGGAUUGGAAGUGUUGAUAUUCAUACGUUUGAAGUAACACUCAUAUUUAAUGAUGUACAGACAUCUCUGGAUUCAUGUUUAUCUGCAUUGCUGCUCUGUAAUAAUAGGUACAUAAUUAUUCAGGACAAUCCCUUUAAGAGCACCUGCUGAGAUCAUUAGAUCUGUUAAUUAACUGUAAAAUGGUGUCUGUCUUUGUAGAGAAAGCCAUAGUAAUCCUCUCCUUAAACCUGCUGUGUUACACUCACUUUCAGCAGCUUCUAUUUCAGCUUUGUGAGCUCAAAGCUCCGCUGGCAUCAGUCUCUGUGUCUAUAAAGUUAAUCUGUGUCUAAAUAUAUGUACUGAACUGUGUGUAACUUUAUCCAGCAGCAUACGACCACGAGGGCUGUUGUUUUUACUCUUUGGCCCGACACCGUGUGGAUUAAAAAACACGGACGCACAUUGAAGUCUGUUUACAGCAACAGAUCAGUUUUGCACAAACCUCAAAUAAGCUGAUGCAGGUUUCAUCUGUCAGAUUUUCAGGUUUCAAAACGGAUAAAAACUUUGCAUUGUUGAUAUGUUAUUGUCCAAAAGGCGACCUCAAAUGUUGCACAAAAAAGUUCUGCAAAAAUCCUCAGGUGGCGUCUGAUUCUGUAACGUGGGAAAAACUAGAUCAGACAAGAGUAAACGCUUCAGAAACAAAUUAUGUCGCUAAACAUGACUAAUAAAACUAUUUCUCUCCGUCCCUGUCAGUGGCCAGCUGCCGGUGGAGUAUAUGCGAGGAAAGCCCCUCUGCAUGGAGCUGUACCCGCUCCUCUUCUCCUCCUGCAGGAUCCCUGGCCCCAAACACGACUAUGUGGCACAUUACGGUCGAGCCAGACGUUCCCCAACUCACAUCACAGUGGUCAGGAACUACCAGGUAGAAUUAAAGAAUUAAAUGUAAAGCACGCAAACAGUCAGUUUGUGAUCAAAAGAGUUGCUAUGUCAUCCUCAGAGGACAGACAUAACUGUGAUGACUUACCUCUACUUAUCCAGUUCUUCCAGCUGGAGGUCUAUAACAGCGAUGGAUCUCUGAUGACAGAGAGUCAGAUCCACUCACAGCUGCUGAGAAUCCGCUCUCAGUCCUGGAAGACGGACAAAGAGCCGAUGGGGAUCCUGACCAGUGAGCACCGUCACACCUGGGGAGAGGCCUACAACCGCCUGCUCAGAGGUAACCCACAGCAUUAAAAGUCCGGUCCGGUCAGCUUGUGAGCGAUGUCGUGUUCAUGUUCUGGUUUUGAGUUUUUAAAUGGCGGAGUUUCCUUUAACGCAUCAUUGAAACAUUUUAGAAAACGUUCUCCAGUAAUCAGAGUUCACAGAAAGAGCUGACUCAUUAACAAACUUACUGAUUUAUCAUCUGCUUUAUGACGCCUUAAAAGGUAAUUCAGUCUAUUAAUGCUGUUAACCGAUACAUGUGGUCUGUUUGGGUCAUCAGUAUUUGUUGUUAAAAAUAGCUGGUCACUAAAUGUUGUUGUUUUUGUGUGCAUGUGUAUCCGUGUGUUUCCAUGUGUGUACGACUCAGAUAAACUGAACAAGGAAUCUGUGCGGCUGAUUGAGUCGGGACUUUUCAACUUGUGUCUGGACUCUCCAGUCAUGAGGAUAUCAGAUGAGAAGUAUACACACACACACACACACACACACACACACACACACACACACACACACACACACACACACACACACACACACACGCACACACACACACACACACACACACACACACAGAUCCACAGUCAGGCAUUUGUGUGUUUGUUCCAUGUGUGGUAACCCUGUGUGUGUUCAGAUAUCAUUGUUCUCUUUGUUGACAUUCAGUCCGGAGCGACAGAGCAGGAUUGUCACCUCCUCCAGCUGAAAAGUUGUUGCCUGCUUCUUUUAGCAGAUUUGAAUAAAAAGACGCUUCACACUUAGAUUUAAUUAUCGUCAAUCAAAUCAAUUUAAAGUCACUUAAUGGAGCAGGAAAAGGAAAACUUGAGUCCAUCACACUUAAAAAAGUCACAUAAAUCUAUGAACUUGGGUUGUUUUUUUCUCUUUGACCUCCUUUUUUCUUUGAUUGACAGGUACGCCAGCCGUAAAGCAGCACAGAUCCUUCAUGGAGGCGGGACGUUCUCCAACAGCGGCAACCGCUGGUUUGACAAAACGCUGCAGGUGAGCUGCAGCAAUAGUCACUCACUAUUAAAGGUCAUUGAAGGUCACAUCGAGGUCGAGUUUGUUUAUGCAAUCAUCUUUUUGUGUGAGCAGUUUGUCGUGGGCGAGGACGGCUCAUGGGGUCUUGUAUAUGAGCAAGCCACCGCUGAGGGUCCGCCCAUAGCGACGCUGCUGCAUCACAUCCUGGACUACUGGUGAGAGCAUGAUAAUAGGCCUCGUGCUUUACUCCCCUUUCCCUCUUUCAACAUGAAAAUCAUCUUUAAUUGAAGUUGAGCAAAGCUGAAUUCCUUCUUUUGACUGCAGUGAACAGCCAGACCCAAAGAGGGCUCCCAUGCUCCCUCUGCCCAUGCCUAAGAAGCUCUACUUCCACAUAGACCGGGAAAUCAAGAUAGACAUCGAGCACGCCAAGCAGAACCUCGACAUGUAAGCGUCGUGGUUCAUUACAGUCAGUGUGGAGUCCUUUUGUGGAGAUUUACAGCCUCUGAAGAGUCUCUAUAGUUUGCAUUGCCUAAUAAUAAUGCUGACGUGAAGCGAAGCCACAGGUGUGUAAACACAUUUAUCAUCCGUGUGAGUCUAACAGUGACUCAGCAGAAAAGAUCCACUUAUCAGACAGUUUCUUUUAAAGCUUUAAGACCUUAUACUCUGCUCUAUUACCUGUAAAUCUUCAUUAUUCAAACAUCUAAACAUAAAAAAAGCUCCUCUGGAAUAUAAAAGUUUAGUUCAAAGAAGAUAAAAGUGUUUUUUUAUGUCUUUUUUCAGCCAUAACAAGGAUAUUUUCUGUCAGCCACCGUAAUUUCAGAUGGCUGUAGCCUAGUAAUAAAACUUGUUGUAAUUAACUCAGAUUCAUUAGAGUAAUGAGCCGUUUUAAUGUUGUCAAUAGGUGCUGGAUAGAGGCUCAGCUACCAUGUAAUACUCUAUGAUAAUAAAUCCCCUUUAUGUCAUUAAUCACAGUGUAGAAAGUGCUGAGGAAGCUAUAAUUACUGUGUUAAUGAGAAAUCAAUAUGAGCUGUAAACAGAUGUCACAGAGGUAUGGUCAGAAGCUUUCUGCAGAGAAUAGAGAUAAAGACAAAUGCUCAAAAAAGAGGUUUUUAAAUAUCCUUAAACUAGACUAAAACUGUCUUAACUUUCCCGCAGACUCAUCAACGACCUCGAUAUUAAGGUGUUCAACUUUAAGAGGUACGGCAAAGAGCUUCCCAAGGAGCACAAGAUGAACCCAAACUCCUUCAUCCAGGUCGCUCUGCAGCUCGCCUACUACAGGUCAGCCACAGUGACACAGAGAUUGUUAUUUCUGAUGUUUCUACUAGAGGACUGCUACUGCAUAAAUACAUGAAUAUAACUUAAAAGAAUCUGAUGUGAAAUAUAGUUGAAGGAUGUUUGUACGACAGGAUUUGACUCAUUUAGUUUUCUCUUUUGUUGGUUUUCCAGAGUUCACGAUGAGGUCUGUACUACCUGUGGUAUCGUCUCUCAGCGGAUGUUUCGAGGAGGGAGGACAGAGUUCGUCCGCUCUCCCACAAAUCAGACGGUCAAGUUCAUCCUCGCCUUUGAUGAUCCCACUUUAUCAGUGAGGAAAAACUCCAGAGGAAGGUGUAUGCUCAUUUGGUGUCAGGUGACGUUUGAUUAACUUUGUGUUUUUGUGCUGCAGCGCGAGGCAAAAGUGCAGCUUUUCAGAGAAGCUGUGGAUGCAUACUCAGCUCUGACCAAUCAGGUGAAUAACCACAUUGUUUUUUAAUAAAUUGACAUUGUCUUCUAGUGUCGAUGAAUAAUUACACAUUUCAUUCUCUUCCUGUUCUUCAGGCUCUCAAUGGCCACGGCAUCGAGAGCCACCUGCUCGGGCUGAAGCUGCAGGCGAUCGAGGAGGGGAUGAGUAUUCCCAAAAUCUUCAUGGACACGGCUUACGGCUUGGCGACGCACUGGAAACUCCGAACAGGACAGGUGUGUUGAUGUCUGAGUGCCAGUAUUUGUUUUACAUAAGUUCUCGACAGUCCUGUUGCAAUUCGGGAAGUGGAGAUGUUUACGGUAUACGAAUAUGAACGCGGGAAUUUCUCUAUCAGUACUUUCCCUGUUGUUGUGAAGUAUGUUAAACUCCAUUGUGGUGCAUUUACUGUCAGCCAAAUCCCAUUUUGGAGUUCCCUAAAUUGAGUUGUUUUUUUGUUAUGACGCUUUUUAAACCAUACAUUUUGUGCAUCACGUUAAUUAAGGUGAUCUGGAAUUAAUCCCUUAACUUUAUACUUAAGUAAAAAAAGAGAAGAUAUAAUGUUUGGAUUACUUUGAUUUAAGGGAAGCAGAGUACUGUUGUUGGAUUAAAGAUGGGAAAUAAAGUUUCCUACUGUGAUAACUACACACACAAACAGAAAGGUGGUUUUUGUUGGCAGGUUUCCCUCAUUUUAAUUUCUCAGAACUACUGAACUAUAAUUACAGCUUUGAGUCCAAAGUAUCACCACUUUGUUUAGUGACCUUUAUUUUUGUGAUGUACUUUGUUUCUUUACUUCUUUAUUUUUUCACAACUCAGCUGAAAGGACAGGAUCAUUGUCAGAAACAGAGUAGAGAGUGGGAAAUAGCAGACAGCUGAAAACUGAUGUCUCUUUUUAAAGGUCCUAUAGGGAGUUUUUUUGAUGUUUAUGAAAUCGACUGAAAUUCAAAUUGAGGCUUUUUUAGAUAUUAAAACUCAGGUCUUUGUAUUUACCGUCACAUCUGUGCUGCUCGUAUGUUAUUUUGAUCCAAGAGUAUUGUUUCAUGUACUCAUGUUUUCAUCCGUUUUGCUCCCUUAGGUGCCCGCCAACACUGACAGCGUGAUGUGCUUUGGGCCCCUCGUUCCUGACGGUUACGCCAUUUGUUACAACCCCCAGGCCGACCACGUCCACUUCUCCAUCACUGCCUUCAACUGCUGUGAGGAGACGCAUGCAGAGACAUUAGCCGUCACCCUGUGGGACACCCUGUGCCAGCUACAGGAGCUGCUGGAGCCUACUGUGUAGGGCUACAUGUUAAACCCACUUUUCUACAGUUGGAGAGAAAAAAAAAAAAAGACUUUGUUUUCUUGAUGUCAAAUUUUGUAGGAGUCUUGAUGAGGCUUGUUUUUGUUACAGAUGCCGAAAAGUCACACAAUGUUAACAUGAGCAGUGUGAUCGGAGACAGCGGUCAAGACUGAUCACAGUGUCUCUGAGGUGCUUUCGAUGCUUUUUUACAGCUUUUGAUAACGCAAUUAAUCAUUUUCAUUCUCUAGCAAAAGCUGAGCGAGCAAGCUGCUUCUAGUUACAAUUGAUGCACUAUGAGGAAUUCAAAGCUUCUACAUUUCUGGAUGAAGUCAAAGACAACUUGACACUCCGUCAUGGAUCAGAAUAAGGCAAAAAAAAAAAAAAUCUAUUUUUGAACAGACUGCACUCCUUUGACAAGUCGUGAAACGACCAGGAACCUUUCUAACACUCUCUACUGAGAAUAAACACAUUUUUGUGAGUUGGACUGUCACCAGCGUUGACUAAUGUUUGAUCUUGCAGGUAAGCAUGUAUGUUUGAAAUGGACCAAAGCUUGGAAGAAGCUAUUCAAGGUCACAGUGCUUGUCUGUAUUUACUGUAUUUGAGAUGAAUGCGAAGAGGCUUUGGGCCCAUCUGGGACGUGUUGUUCUGCUCCGACCUGCAGAACUGGUUAAUAAAGCCUGUUCGCUCAAACCAUUGUUUGAAUUUUUACUGCGUGUAUGUUAGAGGUGCACGACUGAAUUAGGAAACAGGAGUAGGAACAAGAGCUAUGUUUCAUUUGCAUGUCUCCUGCUAGAAUCAAUCUGCAAUAAACCCAAGAUUACCCAACUGAUUUUCAUUUCCGUAUCUGCUGAGAUCUGGGGGCAGGACAAACCAGAAAACAAGAUCCUCUAAGCAGAACGGAUAAAACCAUCCUGAACUAGCAACUUUUAAACCAUGGUCACUAAAGCACUUACACAAACUGUAUGUGAUAUAAAAAUAACAUUAUCUCUGAAAUAAAGGUAGAAUUUGGUAAAAA